AAGAUAUGUUCGAUGAAGGCGGCGCUAGCAAGGUUACCCUUCCGGCUUGGCCUGGGCAGGGUUAUGGACGCCACUGGUUAUCUUCAGGACUCUUAGUCCAAUUUGUAUCUUGUCCGUACUCGGACGUAUCUGAUCUUCUGUAUGAUUUGGAUCUUUGUGUGUAUCUAUUUGUAUCUUGACUCGUUGGAGUCGUUGUUGUAAUAUAUAUGUUUCUUGUGGGCUCUAUUGUAAUCUUGUUGUAAUGUUACCGCUCGUGAUUGAUUCCACCCGCAUCGCGUGCAUGCUUCGGCGUGUACGAGGCGCUUGGUGGUGCGUCUCCUAGAAUCGAUAUCGUGCGGAUUUCGGUGGAUUCGCUGGGAUCCUCAUGGUACCGGUUUUGGGGCGUCACAAGUUGGUAUCAGAGCCUCAGGUUGACGAUACCCCACUAGUCCAGCCUGUAGGAUAACCUUGCCAACGGUCGUUAAGUUUAGCGUGUCAAACCUAUUUUCUAAAAUUCGUUGGAUAGUUCUGAUUAGCUCUGAUUUUUCUCCUUAUCUAUAUUCUUUCUCUUCUCACCUUUGCGCGUUUUGAAUCUUCUCUUAUCUGCUUCUCUGAGUCUUAUGUUCCGACGUGGGUUGGACGAUCUAUGCCUUUAUCCUAUGAGGUCCGAUCUUCGGAGGUUCCGACGAAAGCGCAUCAUCAACAUCGGAACAAGACUUCUUGUUAGUGGUGUCGAGAAGAUCAACACUUCACCGGAAGAAUGUUCCACGCCAAGGUCGGGUGUUUGUCAACAUAGUACAAGAAGAUCCGAUAGUUUAACCAACUCCCCCUUAGGUUGACGUGGGAUCUCGGGGCGCGAUCCCUUGUUAGUGGUGUCGAUUGUAGCGGCCCAGGAUAAUACCCAUAUUAGAUUUGGUUGUUUUUUUUCUUUUAUGCAUCAUCAUGCAUCAUGCAUCAUAUCAUCCACAAGAUUUUAUUAAAUAAAAACUAUUUGUGUUUUCCCCCUCGCAAGGUUCUUUAUAUAAACCCUUCUCUGUAUACCUUAUUUUCAAUAAUAAUGAAACCAAAAUAUUAUUAUUUUGGAUAUCUUUAAAAUAUAAUUUCAAAUCUUGUUCAAAACUUUAUAAGUUUCAAAGUUCUUUUAAUCCUGCUUAAAAUUGUUUUCCAAACCACUUUCUCUAUUUCUCUCCUUAAUUCAAAGAAAAUGUUUUGGAGAACGUGAGAGAGAAGCUGCAGCCAUCCCGUUCUAGCCCAUCCCUUUUCCCUGAACCAUGUGGCCUUGGCCUUUUUUCUACGUGUAUUCCAAUCUGAAGCCCGCAGCCCAUCUCCUCCAAUGCGAUUUCCUCCUGUACUUCUUCCUCCUGUACGGCAGUACAUCGGCAUUAGCCACGUAACCAUGCAGCUCGAUGGGACGGCGAUCCCUUGUCGCUCCCCUCUCUAUAAAAAGAGCUACCCUGCAUCCCUACCAAACCCUAUCCCUCUAGCUGCCUCCCUCCGCCGCCACUCUCUUCUCCCUCCUUUACUCUUCCUCUCGGUCUCCACUCGAUGGCCUCCGUCACCCCGCGUGAGCUCCGCCUUCCUGCAGCGCGUCCGCGCGUCUCCAAGCUCUACGGCCACCGGCGCCGCUCGACCAGGAUCCUCCCGACGUCCUCAACUACGGGCGCGGCGAGCUCGAGCGUCUUGCACGUCGUCCCGGUCUCGGCACCUCGCUGAGGUCUCCAUCCUCAUUCCGUACGUGUACCUCCGGCGGCAGCGCUGCGUGUCCGUCAUCGCUCCAUCACGGACGUCUACGACCCCGACCGCCUCCACCAGCCCGAGCGCUGGCUACCGUCGCCAAGAUCGUCCCGCCUCCGACGAUGCUGCUCGCCGGCGAGCGCAGCGCCGUGUCCCUUGUUCGUCCUGCAAGCACACUCGCGUGCUCCUUCCGUUCGUGGACCGCCGUCGCACUCCGGUGUUGUUCUGGCCACAAGCUCGGCCUUCCGCGUUUCUGCCUUCCUCGCCACAGGGCCACGCUGCAACCGUCGACGUCCUUGUCGUCUCAUCAACGCUUCUCCUUCACGCAGGCCAGCGACGGCCGCCAGCAUCCAUGCCACGCCACGGCAUGGCCAAGCGCAGACCGCCGUCGACGCCUCCGGCCGGCUGGCUCCGUCUGCUCCCGUCGCUCCUCCAUCCGUGGGUAUCGCGUGCAGCAGGAGGCAAAGAGCUGCUUUGUUGGUUCCAUUUGAUGCAGUACUCCACGUCAACUUGAUCUGAAGCUAUUCCAGCUUGAUAACUCUUUUGGAGAUGGUACAAAAGAGGCCAGCACUCCAUCAUGUACACAAGAUCAACGAAGUAGCCAUCUGGCCGUAGCCAUCUCAGCAUCUGUUGCCUGUUCAUCGUCCAGUCCCCCUGGCAGCCCACCGUCAGUCAUUCCUCUGGCAUUUGCUUCUUCCCGGAUAGGAUCACGAAGUGGUGUGGUGAGAUACGACAAGUUCUCCGGAUGUCCCUCGGCAAGCUUUAACAGGCAAGCAUUUUUCCCUAUACUUCUGCCCCUGCAGAAGUCGCUUACCUAUUUUAUUUUGCCUUCUCCCUCAUGCUAUCCUUAAGUUGCGUUCUUGUCACGUGUCCCUUCCACUUGUUACCUCAAGCAGCCUAUAUUGCCUCCACCAACCACCUAUAGCUAUUAUUUGGUUAUCGGGUCUGCUUUGCGAGUCGUAGUGCAUGCUAGUGUUGUUUAUAUCUCGUUACCGUUACCGCUAUCUUAUCGGGUUAUCAGUUGGGGAACAUGACACAUGGUUUAUGGUUAUAUCUGUUGAGGGUAUCAUGGUUACUUGUUAAUAGUUGUUAGCGGAGACAUCGGUGGGUCAGUUGCUCGUUUUAUGACGGCUCACUUGUGUUUCCAUGAAAUCUAGGACCCCGAGUUCUUGUUAUCUGUUCCGAGACUGAGCGCUCUAACCACACGUGGGUAUGUUUCUGGGUCUCCCCUCGACCACUGCCGGAAUCUACAGCUUUGUCCAGUGGCCACAACUAGUUUGCAAUGUUUUACCAUUUGUUGUUUGCGUGCAUGCCAGCCUGUUACUUAUUUACUUUGGGAAGCCCCUGGGUGCCUUGUAUCCCUUGUUUCUGGUAUGCACGUAUAGGUCGUGGAGCCUCUGCGAAGUGGUUUAUCGCCCCAGUGUGUGUUUAAACCACCUAGCACAUUGACACACAUAGCUAAGUCCGCUUCGGAGAUACGGCCGGACUUCGAUACGGGUUCAACUUGGUUAGGUGGCUUCCUGGACAUUGUUGUCGUGAAGGAGAGUGCGAGUCGUGAUUUCCACCUAUCGCAAGUGGUUUGAUCGUGCGUGUGGGCACAUUUGGGCACCCCUGCAGGGUUAAAUCUUAUCGAUAAGCCGUGUCCGCGGUUAUGGACGACUUGGAGCUGUAUGACUCGACCAUAGACAACUUACACAUGUUGCUUCAAUCAUAAUAACUUGUGUAGUAAGUUAGCACAACUCUAAUAAUAAAUGGUUAAAACUUGAAAACUGUGUGAGUGCCUUUGAAAGUACUUCUUGGCGAAGGGGGAACACAUCGGUUGUGUUAUGUUUGUAGAGUAUAGAACGGUUAGUUUAUGCGCUCUCUCACCUUCUCUGAUAGACGACUGUUGUAGAGUGUCUCUAUAGGUUUUUAGUGCUUGCGCGCUGCCGCUUAACUCCACCAUAUUGCCUAUGACGUUCCUCUUGCGUCCUCUAAGUCCCCUGCGUGCCUCAAGUACAAAGGACGACUGGUUGACGAAUGCUUAUACGUCUUGAAGUCUUGUUAAGUACGAACCCGUACUUAUUGCUGCUUCUACGGGAUAUAACC